ACAUGUAACCAAACUGAAAUGAAGAAACGUCAACAAAAAGAGAUCUAGGUUAGUGAAAUAACAACCAUUAACCUCCUCCAGCUGGUGUUUUAAUCUGCAGCUGAAGGGGACUCGAAGCAAGACGGUGAAGAGACGAGAGCAUGCAGAUUAAUUCAUGGAAAGUACUGUGUGUCGCAUUUGCUCUGCUCCUGAAUGUCAAAGGCUCACUCUCCCAGUUAGAUGUGUGUGGUGAAGCUCCCCUCAACACCAGGAUCGUGGGAGGGAAUAAUUCUGAUCCUGGCUCCUGGCCUUGGCAGGCCAGCCUCCAGACCAAUGGGAAUCAUUUCUGCGGCGGGAGCCUCAUCAAUCAGAAUUGGAUUUUGACAGCUUCCCACUGUUUCCAAACCAUUGUAUAUGUCACAGUAUAUCUGGGAAUGCAAAGUCUGCAGGACACAAACCCAAAUAUGCAGGCCUUUCAAGUUAGCAGAAUCAUCACCCACCCAGACUACAACUCCAACACCAACGACAAUGACAUCGCACUUCUCCAGCUCUCCUCCUCAGUGACGUUUAGUGACUACAUCAUGCCUGUGUGCCUGGCAGCAGCUGGCAGCUCUUUUCCCGCUGGCACUUAUGUCUGGGUCACUGGUUGGGGAAAUACUGCUUCAGAAGUAAGCCUGACAUACCCCCAGACCUUACAGCAGGUGGAGGUGCCAGUAGUCAGCAACAGUGACUGCGCAAAUUCUUACAGCAUCACAAGUAAUAUGAUGUGUGCUGGGCUUGCUCAGGGAGGAAAGGAUGCAUGCCAGGGUGACUCUGGAGGUCCGCUGGUUGUCAAACAGGGCUCUUUCUGGAUUCAGGGUGGCAUUGUGAGCUUUGGCUAUGGCUGUGCUUGGCCUAACUUCCCUGGAGUGUACACCAGGGUGUCUCAGUACCAAAGCUGGAUCGACUCUCAGAUCAGCAGCAACCAAACCGGAUUCAUUGUAUUCUCAUCAAGCAACAGCACUGGCUCUGCCAGUCUUUUCUCUUUGUCUCUGGCCCUUUCGGUCUUGGCCAUGACUUUCAUUUUAUUCUUCUCUACCUGAACCCGACACACACAUAUAUAUGCAUUUUACUUUGUGUAAGUCUUGAUGAAAGACCAAAAACUUUUAUAGUUUAGGGUCAUCAGUUGUAGAUAUUGAGCCUACAUGUUUAUGCUUUUAUAAGGACUUUGUUUUUCCUUCCGUUUUGUUGUUACCUCAGAUUCUAUAUUUUUAAAUGCCAAUUUGUGUUGUAGUACUUUGUUACACGGACGGUGAUUAUUACAAUUAUAAAUUCCUCCUUAACACAUUACUUUUUUUUGACCUGUUCCUGCACCAUAAUAAAAAAAAAAAUAAUAAUAAUCCACUGUGGGAGUAGUUGGAUGGUGACUUAUGAAGAGAUUAUUUUUAAUUAGACAAAUAUGGAAACCUAAGAACAUACAAGGGCACAUUAAGCCUGUGGGGCUACAUUAGUUACAUUAGCAAGAAGCAAGACCGGUUCAGUUUGGAACAAUCUUUCAGCAGGAGUUAGCAGGAACAGAAGACGAUAUGCACCUACACUCAAACAUUGGAGAAAUGCACUCAGCUGGGAUCAACAGUGCAAUAUCUUAAAUGGCAUGCACCCCCUGCUCAUAUAAGUGAGCCAUUACUUUUUAUUUGCUUACUGGACCUUGUGUUUGCUCACCUAAACCAAAGCAAUAGAACCCUGUCCCUUAAAUAAACAUACAAUGUAAAGAAAAUACAGAUGAAAAAUGACUA